GCCGGCUACGCCGCCUGGAUGACUAACUAGAGCUAAAACUCCUGAGGUCAGUCUUGGGUUUUCAAAGGCGUCCGUCCGUCCUUCUCCUGGGCUGACAAACGGAGCGGCUCCGGAUGCUGGCUUCUUGUGGGGAGUUGGUCUGCGGUGGACCUGAAAGAAGGAUGUAGCUGAAAGACUGCCGCAGGAUCUUUGGGAGGUUGAUGAGCCGCAUUCAACAGAGGUUUGGAUACACUGGAAUAUUUCAUGAAGUACUUUUCUAAUGGCAGUCCUAAGUGAAGUAGCUUAAAGGAACUGGGCACAUGAGUAUUCCUGAUGAAUGUGAUUUGAGUUCUGUAAUAGACAUCUAUUCUUAACAAUAGUAGUACAGAAAGUGUAACCACCUGCAAAUCUAAACUGGAGCGAUGACCCAGAAGAAUUCCUAGAUGUACAUGUGCAUCUUUUCCAUGGACUUUGAUUAGAGGUGACACAGCCUCCUCACAACUCAACGUAAAAGAUGAGUGAUGGGGUAUGGAUCAUGCUUAGUCCAGCAGAGUUUGCUCAGCUGCAGCAAUAUUCUGAAUAUUCUACCAAGAAAUUGAGAGAUGUUUUGGAAGAGUUUCAUGGGGAUGGUAUUCUGUCAAAAUACAAUCCAGAACAACCUAUUGACUAUGAGGGAUUCCAGCUGUUUAUGAGAACAUAUCUGGAGGUGGAUAUUCCAGAAGAGCUCUGUGAGCACCUCUUCAUGUCCUUCAAAAGAAAAGUUGGCCAAUGUUCUCUCGAGAACCAGCAGCAAAGUUCCAGUAUUUCACAGCUGAGCAACCUUGAAUCCAAGACUCUUGACACAGGUAUAUCCAUCCAGACAGAAGUCGCUUGUGCUCCUGUUACAGGGAUCAAUGGGAAAACUCUUCUAAGUGCCAUGGGAAAGCAUACACCUGAAUCCAAACGCCCCCAGACAAAUCUAGCAGAGCCACAAUCAGCAUCUCUCAGUCCUGUUCCAACAUCCAACAUCAAUGCCUCACCUAGCUGGUCCAGAUCAUCAUCACAAAAAUCCACUGCUGGUAACCCUUCUGCUCACAACUCCUCAGGGUCCUCCAAGAUUUCCUCAGGUUCUCUGCUUACCCCUCAAUCUCCAGGUUCCAAAAGUUUGGACAAGAAACUUCCUUUCAAUCUCCGAAAGAGUAACAUCUCCCUAAAAACAGCCAGUCCACAUCAACCAGCCCCUUUGGCUCAGGUAGUCUACCUGAAGGACAUUGUCUGCUACCUGUCACUGCUGGAAAGGGGACGGGCUGAGGAUAAGCUGGAGUUUAUGUUUCGCCUCUAUGAUACAGAUGGCAAUGGCUUCCUGGACAGCUCGGAGCUAGAUCGUAUUAUCAAUCAAAUGGUACAUGUAGCAGAAUAUCUGGAAUGGGACUCGACAGAAUUAAGGCCUAUUUUGAAAGAGAUGAUGGAAGAAAUAGACUAUGAUCAUGAUGGAACUGUGACACUUGAAGAAUGGAUUCGGGGUGGUAUGACCACCAUCCCUCUGCUUGUUCUCCUAGGCAUGGAAACAAAUAUAAAGGAUGAUGGCCAACAUGCUUGGAGACUGAAACAUUUCAAGAAGCCUGCCUACUGCAACUUUUGCCGCACUAUGUUACUGGGAGUUAGGAAGCAAGGCUUGUGCUGUUCCUUUUGUAAAUAUACUGUCCAUGAAAGAUGUGUGUCCAAAGAUAUUGCUCCUUGCAUCAGUACUUAUGUAAAAUCCAAGAGAAAUACAAAUGUUAUGCAGCACACAUGGAUUGAGGGCAAUUCCCCAGCCAAGUGUGAUCGAUGUCAUAAAAGCAUCAAAUGCUACCAGGGAAUUACCGGACUACAUUGUGCAUGGUGCCAAAUCACACUUCACAACAAAUGUGCCUCACAUGUGAAACCUGAAUGCGAUGGUGGGCAUCUAAAAGACCACAUUUUGCUGCCUUCCCAGAUCUGCCCAGUUGUUCUGGAUAGGCAAUCCCACUCACGAAGAUCAGAAAGUGAAUCACCAUCCAGCACCACCCCCGAGGAUACAAAUAUGAUCUUCAAAUACAAUACUACCACAGUGGAUGGACAUGGACUGCAGAUCACGCCUAAGCCAGGAACCCACCCAUUGCUGGUAUUUGUGAACCCCAAGAGUGGAGGAAGGCAAGGAGAAAGGGUACAUAGGAAAUUCCAUUACAUACUCAAUCCCAGACAAGUUUACAACCUGGAUCGUGGAGGACCUAAUCCUGGAUUAAAUUUUUUCUGUGAUACCCCAGACUUUCGUAUUUUGGCUUGUGGAGGGGAUGGGACAGUUGGAUGGAUCCUGGACUGCAUAGAUAAAAUGAACUUAGCAAAGCACCCUCCUGUGGCUAUCCUGCCAUUGGGAACAGGGAAUGAUCUUGCCCGCUGUCUCCGAUGGGGAGGAGGCUAUGAAGGAGGCAACCUAAUAAAAAUACUUAAAGAUAUUGAGCACAGUACUGAGGUAAUGCUGGACCGAUGGCAAAUUGAUGUUAUUCCCAAUGACAAAGAGGAGAAUGGAGAUCCUGUCCCAUACAGCAUCAUCAACAACUAUUUCUCCAUAGGAGUAGAUGCAUCCAUUGCACAUAGAUUCCAUUUGAUGAGGGAAAAGCAUCCUGAAAAAUUCAAUAGCAGAAUGAAGAAUAAAUUGUGGUAUUUUGAAUUUGGUACAACAGAAACAUUUUCAGCCACUUGCAAGAAACUUCAUGACUAUGUAGAGAUUGAGUGUGAUGGAACAGUUUUGGAUCUGACUAGCACUUCAUUGGAAGGAAUUGCAGUCCUCAACAUUCCCAGCAUGUAUGGUGGCUCCAAUCUCUGGGGGGAAACCAAGAAACAGCGCAGCUAUAACCGCAUGAGCAAGAAAAUACCUGAAAAGUUGCAAUCCUCAGUGGUUACUGAUGCCAAGGAGCUCAAGUUUUGUGUCCAAGAUCUUAGUGAUCAGCUCUUGGAAGUUGUUGGCCUUGAAGGGGCAAUGGAAAUGGGACAGAUCUAUACUGGACUGAAAAGUGCUGGAAAGAGAUUGGCCCAGUGUUCUUCUGUUGCCAUCAGAACAACCAAACUGUUGCCCAUGCAAGUGGAUGGAGAGCCUUGGAUGCAACCACCUUGUACAAUUAAAAUAACCCACAAAAGCCAAGUGCCAAUGUUGUUAGGACCUCCCCAAAAGAGCAGCUUUUUCUUCCUGAGGAGAAGAAACCGAACUCGAGACUAAUUUUCAACCAAGCAAAGAACAACCUUCAGAAGCAGCAGUUCUCCAUUCCAGUGGCAACCACCCAGAGAAGGUCUGCAGGGGAAAAAAAUCUUAAUCCCUCCAGAUUUCUGGCUUCUGGAUCUGCUUUGGAAUCAUCAGUCUGGAGGCAGCAUUAUGAACUCUUAGUAGAAAAUAACAGGGUUGACAUUCGGCAGUCAAACUGAAAUAGCUGUGUGGGUUCAUAUAUCCAUGUACACAUAGCCACUUUCUCUAAAUAUUAUUGGCUGGGAUAGCAUUGACACUGAAGAUUCAGAAGGAUUUUUGCCCUCCAUAAUACCACAGCCCAAGAAGAGGAAGCUCUCACUGCUCUGUUUGGCCUGUGGUAAAAUCUGAGACUCUUCUAAAGAGAGUUGUUCUGGGCAGCCUUGAAUUAUACAGUCCUAUCAGAAAGCAAACAAGCAGACAUGGAAACAGCAUGUCUGACAUUGCCUUCCAGACGGAAUGAAGGAGAAUUUUCAUCUUAUUUAAAUUCUUUAGAAACCCUCCCUCCAAAAAAAAUAACUGUUGAAGCAUCAAAUUUGGCAAGGAACCAAACUUAGCUUAUUUAUUUUUAAGAAAUUCUGUCAGAAGAUAAGUGUUAUUUUGUUUUACUACUGUUUGGGUCACCAAACUUGAUAAGACAUGCUAUUUAUUUUUCAAAGUUUAGAAAACACAGGGGGAGAUGAAAAGGGAAAGGAAGAGAAAUGUUAUUUUUCUCCAAAGCUAAAACAAGAAGGCUCCUUGCUAGUUCCAGGCAUAAGUUUUAGUUUUAAAAUAAAAUGGAAAUUGGUUGGCUGUUCCCUUUCAGAGGCACAGGAAUACACAAAAAAUUUGCCACAAAGAAGCCAGAUUGACUAGAGGAAAAGAUUAAAAGUGAGAACAUCCUUUGGAAGGAAAAGGAAAACUCAGGUUGUAUUAAAUGUAUGAGUAUGUUGAUAACCUCCACGAAUUUAGGGAUACCUUCAGGUUUGAUACAAAUUCCAUUGUCCAGUUAAUGUUUUUAAAUUUUCUUUUCACAUACACUAUAGGGUUACUACAACUUCAGAAAUAUUUUAUACACAUAUUUUAAAGCUUUUCUAUGGAAGUUUCAGUUAAGAUAGGGUUCCUUUUAAAUUUUAUCUCAUUAUGAGGUUGAUUUAAGUAACUGAAAAUACUAGAUGUCUACAAAAGCCUGAUCAGGAUUUAAUGCAGGACUGUAUGCAUUAAAUUCUAGGGUAGGCAUUUAUAUGCCACUGAUAUUAUAAUAAAAUGUAAGAAAACUCAGAAGUCAAAUUAAUUAGUUAAUUUUCAUCCCAUACAUUGGCUUUUGCAACAGAAAACUACCCAACCAGCAAUCUUAUACACAUUUUUUGGUUUAAGUCCCACUGACCUCAAUAGGAUUUAAUUUUGUAUAAACACAUAUUAGAGGGCAGUGCAUAUAGUUCAUAGAUGCAAAAGACUAAAGUGGCAUAUUUUAGUUAGGAAAUAAAUACCUCAUAUUCUCUAGUUCUUCUUUAACAUUGUUCAAAAAGAUGAUAGUAUAAUCUGACGGCCAACGUCAUGUCCCUCUUUAUUCUUUUUAGAUUCCAAUGUACAUGAUGUUUUCUAUAUAACAAAAAAGUGCCAGGUUAUGAAAAACUAUUUAGAUCACAAUUUCCAAUCUAUGUGAUCACCAGAUUUCUUUUCCAAGAGAAACUAAAACAUGAAAAUAGAGAAAGGUUUGAUUCACUUGCAACAGUACCAUUCUUCAAAAAAAAUAAAUUGGUAACAAAUGGACACACAAAGGGAAAAUAUUAAUCAAAGGAAGGAAAAUAUUAAUCGAAGAGCCACAGUUAAUGUAAGCUUCUUCUACAAGUGAUAGCUUUUCAGGAUUUUGAAUUGGUAAUUCUAGCUUAAAUUCUCUGAUUCCUUUAAAUACUUUUAAAUUCAGAUGAAGAAAAUUAUACUCACCGAUUCUCAUUGUUGCAUGAAAGUUUCUUUUACAUUAAUCCAGGACAAAGGAAUGUCAUCUCUGAGUUAGACGUCUGUAAAGAGUAAAUGGCACAAAUCCAUUUAUUUACUUAACCGCUUAAAUAAGGAGGACAUACAGUAUGUUUUCUGUUAAUGGAGGUUUUUCUAAAUGAAGUCAUUUGAUUUUAUUUAGAGCUUGUCUGAACUAGGAAAUCUGGUGGAGACUUUGGCUUCUAUGACAGUAUAACUGUAUUUUUCAUAGACAUCCUGUAUUGCAGUUACAAUACCUAUGGUUUUGGGAAGGUUGCAACUGGGAUCCAUUCAGAUGUCUGACAGCACUACAAAGGUUGUGAAAGAAGUACAAUGUAGAAGAAAUAAUGGAUAAGAUUUGCUUUUACAUUUGGAAAUUUAGUCUCAGGAAUUUUUGAGUUUCACUUAUGGAGUUUCAUCUAUUGGAUCCACCUUAGAGAGGCACAAUUCUAUAGAGUAUUUACUAUUUAUUAUUACUGGAUCAGAAAAUACCUCAUUGACUAAUAUUCAUAAUUCUGCCUUCUUCUGUUCUUUUUUCCAUACUCCACUUCCUUUCUGCUCUGCUUACCUGUUUGUAAGCAACUUUGCUUCCAAAUAUCUUCAUCUCUUUUUAUGUUUUGCUUGUUUUCAAUUUUGGUUCUUAACCAAUAUGAUCAAAAUAUCCAUGACGCAAGUACAACUCGUACUCUUUUCUUAAAUAUACUUUUCUUCUGCAGUUGAUUUGCUGUUUGGUUUUGGUUCAUUUUAAUGAAUGUACAGUAGAAAACAAAUAAGGAGAAUUUCUUCAGAAGCUAUCUCUGCCAGAAGUUGCAGACUAAAGCUUUGCCAAGUAAAAAAAAUAGCACAGCAGGAAUUUUGUGUCCCCUUGAGAUUUGGUUGUAGCCAGAUGUUAGUUAUGUAUAAUGAGAAAGCAAAAAGGAUAUGGAUUUUAGAUAUUAGACAUUUCAAAGAAUUACAGUCAAUUCUUGUGAUUUUACUAUAGAUGAAAGCAUAAUAUUGAACAAAGUGAAGCAGAUUUCCACAAAUAUAAACUGGUUUACCAGUGAUUCCCAUCUGAGGGAAUUCCGAAAACCUUUGUUUUAUGAAGAGAGUUAGAAUUAUGAUAGACCAUAUACUAAUUCAGUAAUCAGCAUUUUUAUUAUGGGAAAAUAAGAUGGCUUAAGCAAAUAAACCUGAGUUGUAAAUAUACCUUAAAUGGUGAGAUUUAAGAAUGAAAAGUAAGCAUAUUAAGCACUCAUUUCCCCCUAAUCAAGGCAAGCCCAUUCCAUGGUAAAUAUUCUUGAAUGUCAUGACUUUGUGAUGUUUUUUUCGUCACAUCCUUAGCCCAUACUAAGGCAAUUAUUUAUAGUUGUUCCAGCAUGGAAGUGUUUUCCUUCUUCAGAUGCAUGUGGACAUCUAACACACUUACCUGUGUUGUGGUUGAUCAUGCAGCCAGGGCUAAGAACUGCUACUUUAGAUUGCUCUACAGAUGUUGCCUCCACUCCAGUUCUGGGAACUUUUUUUUUUUUUUUACAUUUAUAUCCCACCCUUCUCCGAAGACUCAGGGCGGCUUACAUUGUGUAAGGCAAUAGUCUCAUUCUAUUUGUAUAUUUAUAUACAAAGUCAACAAAGUCAACUUAUUGCCUUCCCAACAAUCUGGAUCCUCAUUUUACCUACCUUAUAAAGGAUGGAAGGCUGAGUCAAUCUUGGGCCUGGUGGGACUAGAACCUGCAGUAAUUGCAGGCAGCUGUGUUUAAUAACAGGCUUCUUACAGCCUGAGCCACACCACGGCCCUAUGUAUAUAAUGAAUUCUGUAUAUGAAUUUAACACUCUUAUGAAAAAAUACUAGCCCUGUGCUGCAGGGAAUGUGCUGCAGGGAAGUUUGAGUUAGACCAGAAAAGAGAGCCAGGUUCUGCCAACUGUGUUGCUGAUUCUAUUACCAGUUACUGCAUUGCAGAUUUUCCAGUGAUUCUGCCAACAAGGGAUUUUGUAAGGUUGUUUUUGUUGUUUUAACAUUGGGGGGGGGGCACCAUUUUGAAUACUCCACAGGGUGUUGCUGGUUUGGCUAUUUGCUACCAGCAAUUCCCUUGCAUCAUUAGUAGAAAAGGGAGCUCACUCAUUACUCCAUAUCCUCGAUCUGUGCUUUUCAAUCGAGGUGCCAUCUCACUGGGAGAGUGAAGAGAAAAAAAGAUCUAGGUGCUUUUCACAACCUCCCCUUAAGGUCUACGGUCUGUCAGUAAAGGUUUUUCUGAAUAUCAAUCAAGUCCUCCUUAGAAAAAGGUCCAAUCGGGAGACCUCUGCCCUGCUUUAUUCAUGCACUUCCACUUUUGGGGGACACAAGUUAAGUCCUCUUUUGAAAUAUUGCUGGUGGCAGGUCCCAGCUCAUCGCAUCUUCAUGUCAGUAGUCUAUUACAGUAGUUAAACAACAUACCAGGUAACUAAGCCCUUGGGUGCAGUCACCAACCCCACCUCCCCACCUAUUAAGAAAGCAAUUGUUGAUCUUUUUCACAUCAGUGGAUAUUUGGUGGAAAAAAGAAACAAAGCCAGGAGAAUCCACCAAUCCCUUUUGUUAACUACUCUCACAUUAGCUCUCUAAAGUAAGCACUACACCAGCCUCAUUAAUAAGGAAGUGUAGGCUUGGCUGUCAGAACAACAUCUAUCAUGCUAGAGUAUUUUUCUGCCAGCUCAAAGAUUGAUGUAUUAAGUCCUAGAGCACAACCAGGUGGCUACCAUAAAGACUAUGUUGCUUAUAUGACACUAUAUUUAAUGGACUUACUGUGGUUUAAUCAAAGUAAGGGGUACAUCCAAUUAUAUCCAUUCAUUUGAGGAACAAAUUGUGCUAGCCAAACAGAUUCCUUCUCUCUUGCAUCUUCUUGGAUGACCUUCCAGACAAGAUUUGGGGAAGCAUAGUUGUCCAGAGAAGAGGGAGAAAAGGAAAGCCCUAUUAAAAAAACUGAUUGUUUGUGUAAAAUUGAUUAUCCGUUUCUCCUGCCAAAAUUUAAAUGAAAAUGGUAAAUAGAGAUAGAUGAUUUCUGUUACCAAUUUCAAUUAAUCUUAUUUUUGAAUUUGUUUAAUAUACUUCUUUAAUUAACCUUAAACCCAUGGUCAAACAUUAUAUGAUCAAUUCUCUAGGUAGGUUCACUUAUAGUAAACAGUGCAAGACUUAGUAACAUUUUGUAUUAGCUCUGUAAGACUCAAGAGCAAUUCUUAAUAGUAGUGAUUAAUCUGUGCAUUUUGCCUCCAUAUACAAUGCACUAGUAUGGUAGCUAGUUAUCAUGUUUUUCAAUAAUAAUGUAAACAAACUAAAGCCCCUUCCCAAUAUAUUUUGUUGAAAGUAAGCCACAAGUUUGAAUUUCAAACUAUCUUUAGAUUCAAUGACAGUUCCUAAGAAGCCACAACAAUUGGAUUCAUGCACAGCUGUAAGUCACAAUGUAAUUUGAAUUUAACAAUAUAUUAUAUGAAGCCAUUGUGGGCUGCAUAUCAUGGUUUACAGCUUAGUGCAAUAAGCAGAUGUGGUUUAUUCAAUAAAAAAAGCUAUGGGUGAACAGAAAAAUGGAACUACAACCCACCAGAUGUUAAUGAACUACAAAUUUCAGCAUUUCUCAACUUUUAACAUGCUUUAGCAGAUUUUGGAUACAAUGAGAAAAAUCUGUCCGUACCAAAUAGGUUUGUGCCGAGAUUGAAACAUUUAUUUUCAAUAGGUUUAGCAAAAUUCAGUAUGCUUCUAUGUCUCCUUAAAAUGCUGCCUGCCAUUUUAAAGAUGCAUAAAAUAGAUAAAAUAUAAUGUAUAAAUCCCUUUAUAAAUGUUUAAUAAAAAUACUGUUUUAAUGGACACUACUUUCCCCUUAUUAAUCAGGUAAUAGUAUGAGUUACUAUAUGCAAAAUCAUUUUAGAAACAAAAGUAUCUACAGAAUCCACUCACUCACCAUCCAUUUCUUGGCUAAAGUUCUGGCAAACAGAUUCAACUUUAAUUUAAAACUAAGCUUAAAACCUCUUAUAUACUUAACCAUAAUGUUGUGGCUUUGUGCAUUCUGUGUCCCCUACUAUAUAGUAAUCCAUAGCUAAACAAAACACAGCUUCGUAAUCCUGUAAUAAUAAUAAAAAGAUCAUUUUUGUAAGUACAGCUUUGGAUUGUUCAUAUAGGUCAGGGAUGUCAAACUCAAUUUCAUUGAGGGCCACAUCAGAAUUGUGUUUUACUUUGGGGGGCCAGGAUGGGUGUGGCCAUGGUGGGCACGGCCAGCUCAACAUCACUAGUGUCAGGGGUGAUGGUAGCCCAAGCACUCUGCCAGCAAAAACGGACUCCCGAGCUCCGUUUUUGGCUGCGAUGGCUUCCUGCAAACCUCUGCCAGUGAAAAUGGAGCUCAGGAGGGCUGCCCUCCCGAGCUCCAUAUUUGCUGGCAGAGAUACCGCGAGCCAGUCCUUUGCUGUUUCCAGGGUGGCCCCACGGGCCAGAUCUAAGCACCCCAUGGGCUGGAUCCAGCCCCUGGGCCUUGAAUUUGACACCCCUGAUAUAGGCUAUCCAAAGAAGACCAAGCAAACAGUCAUAUAACAUCUUCCAAUAUAGCAGGAAAUACAUUUAGUCCAUGCUACCCAUUUCUUCCCCUGUAAACCAUAAAAUAGUUUGCUUUGCUUAUAGUUUAAUAAAUUGUUUGAAGCCACACUAAAUAAAAACUUCACUUUAUGUGUAAGACCAAACAACAAUGGGUUGAUUAAACCAUGGUUUAAUAUAGAAUUGUAAACAUAGCACAGUGGAAUGAAUAUAGGCUGGAAGAUCCUAUAGGCAGGAGAUAAAGCUGUCUAGUCUCCUUGCUCUGGCAAAUUGGAAGGAAUGUAGUUCUCCAGCUUUGCAUCUGGCUGGCUUGAUUUGAAUAAUCCCUCCUGUCUAGGUUAGAUGCAUUUGAUUUCCCAAUUUCUUGCUAAGCAGGCACACACCAAAUUCAUAAACCAGGCUUCUCCUUGCUUUUUUUUUUUGUUUCACCAAGGUUAAUUGAAUAAGCCAAGAGUCAUCCAUGAACUCAUAAGUGCUAGUAUGCAAAAGCUUGGCGCUUGCUUUGCUUCUUAUGUGACAGUUUCAAAUUUAUUGUAAAUGCAGUUUAUUUCAAACUGACUCCCACAUAAAAGCACCUGUCUCAAAACAGGAGUUGAGGGCAAUAGUAAAGGUUCUAGCUGGGCUAAGCCUUUUUUUUUCUGAAGUAGUUUAUUAAGUCUUUAUUUUUUACAUAAAAUGGAAAAAAUUAACCUGUAUGUAUGUAUAUGCUGGAGAAGAUUGUGCCUGUUUAAUUUCUGCUGCUCACACAGUUAAUAAAAACAAAUUAAGUAAAAUGAGAUGGGAGGGGGACAGCAGCGUCUUCAGUUUCCUCUCUAGAGCCAAGAUAGUUCAGAAACUACAAGCAGGAUCCUGAAUUUGCCUUUGUGCUGUCGCGAAAGCCAUUGAUCUGAAUUCCAACUGUGAAAUUGUUAUUUCAGGUGAUGACUCAUUAGUCCAGUUUCAUCUCCAGCGCAGGCAGAAAACAUAGGGAGACAAAGCCGCAUUUAUUUGUGAAUGCUGCAAAUACCUUGUGCAUACAGCCACUGUCCAAUUCAUAUGGGGCUCCCCUAUGGCUCCUGUAUUCAUAAUAGAAGGCUGCAUUGUUUCUUCCAGUGAGGAUGUCAUCAGGUUGGUUUCACACUGCUGGCAACCUGCAGAUUUAGCCCUU